AUGAAGAUGAAGAUGAAGAUGAUGAUGAUGAUGAUGAUGAUGAUGAUGGGCUGUGCUGCUCAGGAACAGCUGCAGAAGGAUGAGGACAUGGAUCCAGACGUGUCAGAAUUUGAUUUAAACUUUGCUCCUCCCAGAAUUCCACGACAGGUGAAAACAAUCUUAACAAAGGAGACCAAACCUCACAUCCAGGAACUGUCCAUCAGAACCACCAUCAUCUCUCGUUACGCCUUCACGGCCGUUUACUGCGUCAUGUUGAACCGUCACAGCGUCGCCGCUGACGCCACCUUUCACUUCCACAUUCCUGCUGAUGCUUUUGUCUCCAACUUCACCAUGAUCAUUGGUGGGCGUGUCUACCAGAGUGAGGUCAGGCCAAGGGAGAAGAAGGUCAAGCAGAACAAAAGCAAAAACAAAGAGUCAGGUGAUGCAAGUCCUCAGUUGGACGCACAGGUCUUCAGAGCGCUCGUGAACAUUCCCGGUAGAAACCGAGCCGUGUUCUUGCUCACGUACGAGCAGCUGCUGCGUCGCCGUCUGGGUCGAUAUGAACAUGUGACCAGUCUGCGGCCGCUGCAGCUCGUCAGCCGCUUGAGUCUGGACAUCACCAUCGUGGACCAGUCCAUGAUCCGGGACCUGGAGGUUCUACUGCUCCGUAACGGAGCUAGUGCUCAGAAGAUCUCAGUCAAACCUGAGACUCCCGUCGCCACGGAGAUCAGCAACGAGAAGAACGUCUGCAGAAUCACCUUCAGCCCCAACAUCGUCCAACAGGCCAAGAUCAGCACCAGCGGCAUGCUGGGAGAUUUCCUGGUUCGCUACGACGUCCAGAGAGACAUGGGGAUCGGAGACAUUCAGGUGUUGAACGGCCAUUUUGUUCACUACUUUGCUCCCAAAGAUCUUCCUGUCGUUCCUAAGAACGUGGUGUUUGUGAUCGACACCAGCGCCUCCAUGCUAGGGAAGAAGAUCCGACAGACUAAAGACGCUCUCUUCACCAUCCUGAAAGACCUGCGUCCAGAAGAUCACUUUAACUUCAUCAGCUUCUCCAGCAAAGUCAAAGUGUGGCAGCCCGGGCGUCUGGUUCCCGUCACGCCGCUCACCGUCAGAGACGCCAAGAAGUUCAUAUUCACGCUGGUUCCUUCAGGAGGUACGAACAUCGAUGGAGCGAUCCAGACCGGCUCCUCUCUGCUGGGUGAUUAUCUCUCAGGUUCUGACUCGGGUCCAAACAGCGUCUCGCUCAUCAUCUUCUUGACGGACGGACGGCCGACUGUCGGGGAAGUCCAGUCAACUGCGAUCUUAGGCAGAACCCGCUCCGCCGUGCGGGAGAACUUCUGCAUCUUCACCAUCGGGAUCGGGAACGACGUGGAUUAUCGUCUGCUGGAGCGAAUGGCCGUGGAAAACUGUGGGAUGAUGAGACGCAUCGGCGAGGAGGCCGACGCCAGCGCCAUGCUCAAAGGGUUCUACGAUGAGAUCGGGACGCCCCUGCUCUCUGACAUCAGGAUCAACUACACAGAAGACUCGGUGCAGUACGUCACUCAGCGUCUGUUCAACAACUACUUCAACGGUUCUGAGAUCGUCGUGGCAGGAAAACUCACCGACCGGAGCGUCAAGUCUCUGCACGUCCUCGUCACAGCGAGUAACAACGACAAGGACAUCGUCCUGGAGACAGACGUCCCUCUGAGACGCCAGCAGAUCCAGACCCGGGAGCACGUGACAGCUGCCACCGUGGCGAUGGCCGGUGGUGCGAAGGGCCCAGGGUCAGAGGUCGCACAGAGGUUAGGAGUCGCUCUGGGUUCCAUCGCAGAAGACUUUGUGGAGCGUGUGUGGGGUUUCCUGAGCGUCAAAGAGGGGCUACGCUCGCGGCUGAGAAGCCAGACCAGCAGAGAGAGAGAAGAACAUGUUCAUCAGGCCACAAACCUCUCCAUCACCUACAACUUCCUCACUCCACUCACAGACCUGGUGCUGGAGAAGCCCGAGGUUCUGGCCCACGGCUCCAUGGCUCCAGCUCCAACCGUCAGCUCAACAUCUGGUGAAGCAGAGUCAACGGCCAAUCAGCUUCCAGAUACAGAAGACGCCGCUCUGCAGACGUCCAACACGGAGCCGAGCAGCCACACUUCGUCUCUGAGGAACACAAUCGGUAAAGAAAGAAAAGCAGCAAAGAAAUCGCUCGCAGUCUCCAGAACAUCAGCCGAUGGCGACCCUCACUUCGUGGUGGACUUUCCUCUCAGUAAACUGAGUGUCUGCUUCAACAUCAACGGUGAACCUGGACACGUCCUGCGUCUGCUGUCUGACCACAGACACUCCGGCGUGACAGUGAACGGGAAACUUGUCGGCGCUCCAGCGCCACAGGGCAGCCACAAGCAGCGGCGCACCUACUUCAGCACCAUCACUGUCAUCGUGGAUCGUCCCAAACGCGCCUACAUCGAGGUGAACCCGGAGAGGGUGAUCCUGGACGGCCGAGACCGCCUGGUGCUGCCCUGUCACUCCAGCGUCGAGGUGGACAGCGGAGUUCUGUCGGUGUCUGUCGUCGCACAAUGUAACGUGACGGUGACGGUGGGCGGAGACAUCAGCUUUGUCAUCCUGCUGCAUCACUACAGGAACCCCGCCCCUUAUCAGAGGAACCACCUGGGCUUUUACAUCGGAAACAGCAAAGGACUUUCACACCACUGCCACGGUCUGCUGGGUCAGUUCCUGUAUGAGGAAGUGGGCGUGGCCAAACUUCCUGCACAGGAAGAUGUGAAACCUUCUACAGUUCUGAAGGUCAAAGGUCGUUCGGUGCCUGUGGUUCAGAAGAGCAGACGUAUCUUCAGCGGGACGCAGAGCGUGGACUGUUGGUUCGCCAGAAACAACGCAGCCCAGCUGAUCGACGGAGAGUACGCGGACUACGUGGUGUCGCACAUGUUCCACACUGACACGCCCAUGUUCCACACCGACACGCCCGUGUUCCACACCGAGGGUGAACCUCAGGACUCAUAA